GAGAGGACAUCCCGAGGACGUAUAUAACAGCUUAAAUUUUGUAGGAGCAAGGCGCGAAUUAAAUGAAUUAUACGAGACGUUUAGCACUGAUCUUAAUAGACAAAAAAUCACCGAUUUUAUGGCCGCUGAAAAAAUAAGAUGGCAUUUUAUUCCGCCUAGAGCUCCGCAUAUGGGUGGUAUUUGGGAGGCCGCUGUUAAAAGCGCUAAAUUUCAUUUGAAGCGCGUCAUUGAUGAAGCGUCCUUAAGAUAUGAUGAAUUACACACGCUAAUGACCCAGAUCAAGGCUGUGUUAAACUUAAGACCGCUUGCACCUUUAUCAAACAAUCCUACUGACUUGAAUGCGUUGACUCCAGCGCAUUUUUUGAUUGGAUGCCCAAUUAUGGCGUAUCCGGAACCUACCCUUGAGGCCUUACCGAGUAAUAGAUUGUCGCGAUGGCAGCGAGUUGAAGCAGCAAUUCUGGCGUCGCUGGACUAA